CCGCAAGCCUGUCUGCAACUGGUACUUGGUUCCGGUUGUAUCAUUUGCUUGUCUCAGGACCACCGCCACCAUUACGGAGUUUUGGGAUUCUGCUGCUCGCCUGACUGCAACACCACCAUACGCCACCACUUCAUUUUUUCGCCUUCGACCGGAUCGCUCCCUCCGCGAUCUCGAGUCCGAUCCCAACCUAUCCGCGCACAUCCUGAGAACCUCCAUUCAGCCCUUCAUUUCGCCAUCACCCGAUCCAACUGCUAACACCGAUUCGCCAUCAUGAGCGGAAGGCGAGCUGCAGUUACCACCCUCCUCCGCGCUGCCGAGCAGGCGCGUCGGUAUUCUUCGUCGUCGUCGUCCGUGGCGACAGCGCACCAGCCGGCGGUGUUCGUGGAUAAGACGACACGUGUGCUGUGCCAAGGCAUCACCGGGAAGAACGGCACUUUCCACACAGAGCAAGCCAUCGAGUAUGGCACCAACAUGGUGGGCGGCGUGGUGCCUCGGAAGGGGGGCUCGGAGCACCUGGGGCUGCCCAUUUUCAACACGGUGGAGGACGCCAAGAAGGCCACCGGCGCCAACGCGUCUGUGAUCUACGUGCCGCCGCCGUUCGCGGCGGCCGCCAUCAUGGAGGCCAUGGAGGCGGAGCUGGACCUCGUCGUGUGCAUCACGGAGGGCAUCCCGCAGCACGACAUGGUGCGCGUGAAGGCGGCGCUGAUGCAGCAGAGCAAGACGCGCGUGAUCGGGCCCAACUGCCCGGGCAUCAUCAAGCCGGGCGAGGCCAAGCUCGGCAUCAUGCCCGGCUACAUCCACAAGCCAGGGCGCAUCGGCAUCGUCUCGCGCUCCGGCACCCUCACCUAUGAAGCGGUGUACCAGACGACGCAGGUGGGGCUGGGGCAGUCGACGUGCGUGGGCAUUGGCGGCGACCCCUUUAACGGCACCAACUUCGUCGACUGCCUCGAGAAGUUCGUCAAGGACCCGCAGACCGAAGGCAUCAUUCUGAUCGGUGAGAUCGGCGGCAGUGCGGAGGAGGACGCGGCGGCGUUCAUCACGGCCAGCGGCACCACCAAGCCCGUCGUCUCCUUCAUCGCCGGCCUCACUGCGCCGCCCGGCCGCCGCAUGGGGCACGCUGGAGCCAUCAUCAGCGGCGGCAAGGGCACGGCGCAGGACAAGAUCAAGGCGCUAGAGGGGGCGGGAGUGACGGUGGUGCGCUCGCCGGCCCAGAUCGGCAACGCCAUGCUCGCUGCAUUCAAGGAGCGCGGCCUCGUGUAAAGGAUGUGGCUCACAGGGACAAGUCCUCGUGGUUUGAAAUGGCUCCAGAAAGUGGCCUAUCUAGUCUGUACAACAAAUGGUAUAAUCAUGGCAAGUCACACAUAUACUACAAUGCAGUUUGUCAACAAUAAGAUACAUUUCACAGGAUAGGUGCAAACCCAAGCACUGGUGCACUUGAUGACACUGAACACAAUCGCU